UGUGAGGCUGCCUCUCCCAAGAAUGGCAAGCUGUUCUAUUCUAGGAAACAGCUGAAAGAUCCAGAGGCCCCUGAAGCAUAAACUGCGCGGUGGAUGCCUACUCAAGAAAAAGAUGGGGGCAGCGUCCACCAGAAAGGAAGAUGGGAUUCCCUUUGUGAAUUGACUUCGGCACCUGUUGACAUUCUGACGGGACAUUUCAGCUGAAGAACUGCUAGGUCCAGAUUUCUGCACUGCCAGUCAAAGGGAAGCUUCGUAUUUCAGUAAUCAUCCUGUCAUUUAUCAGUUGGAAGAGCCUGGGGACUCCCUGUGGAGAAAUAUGUAUGAGCAAGUUGUAUUUCAGAACAGAUGCGUUGCUGAAAUCUUCCACUGAAUGCUAGAAAUGUCUCCAGUAUUCUGUAAAGUGAUCAUGGGCAGAGCUACUGGAUCAUAAAAGGCUCUAGUCUCACCUUACAAAACUACCAGGAAAAAAAAAUCUGUGAAGUUUGAACAAGCAGCCUUCUCAAGAUGUACCGAGUCUCUCAACUGAUGGCGACACCAGUAGCAAAUUCCUCCAGGUUGGACAAAGAACUUUCUGGAGAGCUGUCCCCUACGUGCAUUUUCCCAAGCUUUGCCUCUGAUUUCCUUGAUGGAGAUAGUUCUUUUGAAUGCUGUUCCAUAGACCCCGUGACAGGCUCUCACUAUGUCUGCCGCAGAAGCCCCCGACUCCUCACCAAUGGCUACUACAUUUGGACUGAGGACAGUGUCCUCUGUGACCCAGAUGGCAACAUCACUUUGAACCCCUCUCAUACCAGUGUUAUGUACAAGGAAAACUUAGUUAGAAUAUUUAGAAAGAAAAAGAGAACCCACCGUCAUCUUUCCUCUCUGUUGGACCCCAGAGCCUCUAAAUCUUGGUUGCAUGGAAGUAUCUUUGAAGAUAUUGACUUGCCCCCAAGUGAGGAUAUCUGGCUGGAGGGCAUCAGGAGCCUAAAAAGUGAUCUGGACUGUUCUCUGAGUGAUGGCUGGGAGUCUCAGAAGCCAAUCACAGACACUUCAGAAGCCUCCUCUUCUAGUCACAUCCUGUCUCAGCCUCUCAGGGAAAGCUCCCAGAAUUCCUGUGUUCAGCCUCAGAUGAAAGUAGCAGAGCAUUUCCAAAAGAACAUCUUGGUGCAUUCAAGAUCUGGUUUGAUGCACAAGGUUUCUUUUCAGGCAAUCCUGCUAGCAGUGUGCUUAAUCAUUUCUGCAUGUGCAAGAUGGUGUAUGGGAGGAGAAUUAGCAAACAUCUUUACAUGUGCAUCGAUGAUCACAAUCGCUUAUGUUGUAAAAUCACUGUUUCUGAACCUUGCCAGCUAUUUCAAAGCUACCGCCUAUGCUAGGUUUGACAGCCUUAGCCUUUGAAGAAUACACGUGAUGAACGUCUUCAAUCUGAAUAUCUGGAAACAGUAAUUUGUAGUCUUCUUAAAAUCAACCACUUUUUUUUUGGAAGGGAGUAAGCAAAUGGAUAACAGAAAAAAGUUCAAUUUGACAAUGUAAUUUCUUUCUAAAAAAAAAAUCUCAGUUUCCAUAUGUAAUGGUAAUUGGUUCAUGACAAUAAUAUUAAUUUUCCUUUGUUUCACAAACAUUGUCAGUUGAAAGGGAAGGGACAGCGGGAAGAAACAAGGCAGAACACCUGGAAUAAUGCUCCCCUGAAAUUUCAAGUGUAGCCUGAAGUGGACCACAAACAUUAAUUUUAAUUAGAGAAUUCUGUGAGAAGCUUGAACUAUAAAUAUCUCUUGUCUGCUAGCACGCAGCUAUGCCUUGCUGACCUACUUUAACUAAACAAUGCAAACAAGCUUAUAUAUUUAACACAAGCUGCAUAGGAAAUAGAUACACUUUGUACAUACAAUACAAUAAAUAUAUGCUUUUGAAAAUGUGAA